CGGCGGGCGGCAUUCCGGCGCGGAGCGGAGUGGCUGGGCUUGUGGGCUGCAUCUGGGUACCCCCUUCUCUUUCCCCCCCACCUCUCAGAGUUCGCUCGGCCGACCGUAGCACCCGGGGUCGCCCCCCACCCCAGACAGCCUCCCCCUUCCCCCUUCCCUCGGGGCGUCCCUAGACGCGGGCGCCCCGCGCUGCAGACCCACCCCCCUUCUACCUCCCCCGACCAUGGGCAGCCAGAGCUCCAAAGCGCCCCGGGGCGACGUGAGCGCCGACGAGGCGGCCCCAGCCAAGGCCAAUGGACAGGAGAACGGCCAUGUGAAGAGUAACGGCGACGUGCCCCCCAAGGCCGAGGCCGAGGCCGCCCCCCCGGCCCCAGCCGAGCCCGCCGACGCCGCCAGGGCCAGCGGCGACGCCAUCGAGCCCACGAGCCCCGCGGCGCAGAGCCCGGGGGGCGAGGCCAAGGCCGAGGGGCCGCCCAAGGAGACGCCCAAAAAGAAGAAGAAAUUCUCCUUCAAGAAGCCCUUUAAGCUGAGCGGCCUGUCCUUCAAACGGAACCGGAAGGAGGCUGGGGGCGACUCGGCAGGCUCCUCACCCACCGAGGAGGGGGCUACCGAAGCCGAGGCGCCCGGCCGCCAAGAGCCCGUGCAGGGGAGUGAGGAGGUGGCCACCGAUGCCACGGCCGCCCCCACCCAGGGGGCUCAAGUCGACGACAGAAAGUUAGAGGAGCCAGCCCCCCAGGCGGCCGAGGCUGCUCUGGCCCCCGAGCAGAGCCCCACGCCAGCCCCUGAGGGCGAGCAGAAGGAGUAGCCCCCCCCCCCCUCCGAUUUGGGAAGGGCAGGUGGGCAUUUCCCGAGUUCAAAGACUGUGCUCCCCGGCCGGGUCAGUGCCCUCCUUCCAUGCCCAGCUUAGAACAGGCAGCUGAGAGCUCCAGGCAGAGCUGUUCUCUUCCCCUGCUCCCCUCCCCUGUGGACUGUCUCCCCCAGCCAGCCCUCCGUCCUUCCUCCCGCCUGCUCUGCGGUUCCCCGUUAGGUUAGUGGAGUGAGAUGCUCAGACCAGCCCCCAGUUCCAGGCCCUGCUCCUGCCCCUUUCACUGCUGAACCCAGGCGUUUCUUCCGGGGCAGGUUUGCUUGUUGCUCCUCAGUGGAGGCUGGAUCAGGGUGCCUGGCCAUCUUCUCUGGCCUGGCCUUUCAGGGCUGGGGCUCAUUUAGAGGACUCUGGCCCGGACCCUGCUGGCCCCUCCAGUUUGAGAGGGAUGCUGUAACCUGGUUGGCUUUUUACAGAUGUCUUGGUCAGUUUCAAACUCCAGCUUUGUGCGCCUGCUGUGUGUUCCUUUUGAAUUUGUAGGGGAGCUGAAGGGGUUCUGGGGGGGAGGGGGAUCUGUAUAAUGUGAAGCAACUUGUUUUGUCUCAUUUUUCUUCAUUUGUAAAUAAUUUUUAAUGGCCAAAACUAAACUUGUGACUUUUUCUAACUGCUAAAACCAACCUCCCAUCUGGGUUUUAACUGUUAACAUUUGGAAAAGGAAUAAAUGUCAGGCCCUGUUGUGAUGA